UGCAUUUUUCCUUAAUACCAUUCAAGAACAUCUCUGGAAGAAUAGAUUAUUUCUGGAGGGUUUGUGUGGAUUUCAUAUUAGCAAACCUGCUCUGCUGAGCUCUGUUGUGUAAAGGAAGUUUCAGUCCUGAUAGUAAAUUCUGCAUUUCCAGAACUUGGGAAUGAGGGAUAGAGCUGUGGGAUGAAACUGGAGGUUCCCCCCAUGAUCAGCCAGGCCUCACCCACAGAUCAGACUGUUAGUAAAGAUGCUCAUUGUUUUUCUGAUGCAAAUGUAUGUGUUCUGGGAUUGGGGUUGUGUUUCCCCAGCUCACCUGGCCACAGGUGCACUGUGAGAUUUUGGCAGGAGGGAGCCCUGGCGUCUGUCUGCAGCGGUUUGGGCAGAACCAGAACUGUUCAUUCAUGUGCAGGGGCAUCACUGCCCUGGAGACCUCUGCUCCUGCCGUGCCACGGGCACCUUCCCAGCUCCUGGGCACAGGAACCCUGUCUGGAGCAGCAUGUGGAGCUUGGAGAUCUCCCUCCACUGUCCUUCUGCCAUGGCACCGAGCUGUCCCACCAGCCUCAGCCUCUGGAAUCUGCACCAGGAUGCUGCUGCUCCUGAGGUGUUUGGGGGAGAUGAACUGAAUGGAGUCCUGCAGGAAGCUGAGUCCACUCAGAAUUGUCAUUUCUUCAGAAUGGGACAUUUCUCUUUGUGUUGAAAUGGAAUGACACUCUGUCUCCUUGGGGCUGCAGAGAAGGAUUGCCAAGACAAGCUGUGCCCUGCUCUGAUUCCCAAACCUUGAGCAAAUGGAUUGCUUUGAGAAUGGAAAGAUUUGUACUCAAACAGGCUCCCAGCAGCACAGGGAGAGCAGUGGCUGUCAGGUGGCUGAGGCUGGCAGACCUGUCAGACGUCUCCGGAGGAAGAGAAGAUUGCCUUUGGAUUCAGAGGAUGAGGAGGAAAAUGCAUAUGAGGAUGAGGAGAAGAAUAAAUCAAAUAAUAUGAAAAGCCGCAGAAACACUAAACCAAUAAAACAAGUGCUUCCUGGAAAGAAGAAGGUAUGGAACUGGUCUUCCUACUUGGAAGAGGAACAGAUGCCAGCUGCUUCCCUAAAGCUGUUCAGAGAGUAUCAGUCAUUCCCACAAGGCCGAAAUGGAUUUAAAGUUGGAAUGAAAUUGGAAGGGGUGGAUCCUGAACACCCCUCUCGAUUCUGUGUUCUCACAGUUGCUGAGGUCCAGGGGUACAGGAUGCGACUGCACUUCGAUGGUUACCCAGAGUGCUACGACUUCUGGGCUAAUGCUGAUUCCUCAGACAUCCACCCUGUGGGCUGGUGUGAAAAAACAAGCCAUAAGCUGCUCCCUCCUAAAGGUUUCAAGGAGGGAGAAUUUAAUUGGACUUCCUAUCUGAAGAACUGCAAAGCUCAAGCAGCUCCAAAAAGCCUUUUUAAGACCCUCAGCAGUCCUGUCACACCUUCUGGGUUUCGUCUGGGAAUGAAACUGGAGGCAGUGGACAAGAAGAACCCAUCCAUGGUUUGUGUUGCCACCAUCACAGACAUGGUGGAAAACCGGCUGCUGAUCCAUUUCGAUAACUGGGAUGAGAGCUAUGACUACUGGUGUGAAACGAGCAGCCCAUAUAUCCGUCCUGUUGGCUACUGCCAAGAAACUGGAACCCCACUGACAACACCACCUGGACACAGGGAUUCCAAAGCCUUCUCAUGGGAGAAGUACUUGGAAGAAACUAAUUCCCAAGCAGCUCCUGCAAGAGCCUUUAAACUGCGUCCUCCUCACGGAUUCCAGGUUAAUACCAAGUUAGAGGCUGUGGACAGACGAAAUCCCAUCUUGAUAAGAGUGGCAACAAUCACUGACAGAGACAACCAUCGUGUUAAGAUACAUUUUGAUGGCUGGGACCAUCACUACGAUUUCUGGGUGGAUGCAGACAGCCCUGACAUCCAUCCUGUAGGCUGGUGUGACAAAACUGGACACGCCCUGCAAGUUCCUCUAGGUGCUGAAGAUGCAGAGGGAGCAGUGGGACAGGCGUGUCCCACUCCAGGCUGCCAGGGCAUCGGGCACGUGCGGGGCCCCCGCUACGGAACACAUUACACCUUAGUUGGCUGCCCAUACUCUGAUGUGAACCUGAGCAGAGAAAACCUCUUACAGGACCGGCUGAGUGGGGAGAGACCUUCCCCUGGGAGCAUCCUGCAGAAAGGCAGGAGGCUGGAGAGCCCUGGCCCACUGCAGGGAGCAAGGGAGGCUUCUCAGGGCGACUCCUCACAAUCCAGAAAAUCUGCACCAGACAGUGAAAAGUGGUGUCACAGCAGCAUCCACACUCCAUCAGAGCAAUCAGAAGACAGUCGGGAGCGAGGCUGGGGAGAGGAGGAUUCCUCUGCAGCCAUCAAAGCCACACCAAAAACGCUCGGGUGCUCACAUGCCUAUAUCAAGUUUCAGCUGGUGAAACAGGAAAGCAAUGGGAAAGGCCCUGAUUUGGAUCUCCAGCAGGCCCUCCACCAGUCUAUCUUCAUGCCUUCCCUGGCCUCUAACCCGAGCCAUCGCCUCCACCUCUUCUGGGAGCAGCACUGCAGGCUCUUGCCGGAGGUCUCGGGCCUGACAGCCAAACAAGUUGCCAAAUGGACUGUGGAGGAGGUGGUGAGUUUUAUCCAGCGUUUGCCUGGCUGCAAAGAGCAAGCAUCUGUGUUCAGGGAAGAGCAGAUUGAUGGUGAGGCCUUCCUGCUCCUCAAGCAGAAUGACAUCGUUAAAAUACUCAGCAUCAAACUGGGCCCUGCCCUGAAGAUCUACAAUGCCAUCCUCAUGUUCAAGUCUGCAGAAGACAACUGAGAAAAGGCCUUUGGCAGAUCCAGGAGGAAUUGACAGGGAAUGGAUCUUCAGCUGUGAGCAUUACAACACACCAGACAGGUGGAUUGGGACUCUGAUGCAUUUUAAGUAGAAUUUAGGAAAAAUGGUUUGAGGUUAUAAAAAUCCUGCCACAGUCUGGAAUAUGGGGCAGCUUCACUUCCAAGAAGAGGAUAUUAUUAUAUUUUGUAAUUGAAUUGGUUUUGAUAUAUCAAUCUCUUUUUGAGAUCAAGAAGAAACCUCCAGUUCUAAGGGGAAUCCAGGGUAGCACUGGUGGAGCUGCAGGAGCAAGAAGAAAGUUUUGAGUAAAACUGGCUUUGUGUCCAGUGAUAGUGCCUGAAAAACUGAGUGAUCACCAGCGAGAUUAAUGUGUUUUGUGUAAUAAAAGAGAGAGGAAAAAGAUGCACUUCAAAGCAAUUCCCCCAUAUCCUUCACUGCUGUGACUCAGGAGCUGACCUUUUCAGGACUGAUUGUUAAAUUCCAGUUUUUCCUACUGCUCCUGGUUGUUGUGAUGCCCUUGGCUGCUGGGCAGCUUACACCCCAGCAGGAAGGGAGCAUGGGCAGCGGGUUUCCAUCAGGGAUGGCUUGCUCUGGUUCUGCCAGCAAGCAAAAUGUCCUCAUUCCUGUCGUUCCCUGUCAGGAGGCAAUGGCAGUGCAGGUGGCCUUUGGGUAGGCAAAGAUCCCAUAAGGGCAUCUGCUGCUGGAGACAGAGGGAUGUGUUUUAGCUGUAAUUCUCCCAUCAGUGCUUUUGUGCAGCUCCUUCUGCACCAGGAACAUCUGGCAAAAUGGCACCAUCAAGAGCACUUGGGGAUUGGUGUGUGUUUGUUCUUGCCCUCUCCACUCUCAGCCAAAUGCUAAGAAUGGGAGUUGGAAAGCCAGCAGUGGCCAGAGUGUGUGUGCAAACAGAUUCCCUAGAAACAAAUGGCUUUUCUUUUGAACCAUCCAAACUGAUGAAUGUGAAGUGCUUUGGCCUUUGCCCCUUGAGGUGGAUUUGGAUGUGUUGUGCCAGAGAGCUGGAGGGCAGGGGAGCAGCUCCUCUGCCUCUGGGAGCAGGCAGAGCACACAGGGAUGUGAGACUGGAGAGGAAUCAGGACUUAAACAGCAAAAUGAGGGAACUUCCCAACAGAAAGAGAGCUGCUGUGUGGGGGAAAAGGAGCAGAGUCUGGGGCUGUGUUCCUGCACAUGCAGCCUGUGCUCUCCUGGCUGGGAGCACGGGGGGUUCCUGCUGCAGCACAGGCAGUGUAAGGAGCAUCCCAUGGACAUUGGGCUGGAGGGUUCCCCACGGGCACUUCCCGAGUUCUCCUCUCCCCAUGGCAGGGUGUGAGUCCUGCUGGGCUCUGAGCCCUGUUCAGGGUGUGAGUCCUGCUGGGCUCUGAGCCCUGUUCAGGGUGUGAGUCCUGCUGGGCUCUGAGCACUGUUCAGGGUGUGAGUCCUGCUGGGCUCUGUGCCCUGUUCAGGGUGUGAGUCCUGCUGGGCUCUGAGCCCUGUUCAGGGUGUGAGUCCUGCUGGGCUCUGAGCCCUGUUCAGGGUGUGAGUCCUGCUGGGCUCUGUGCACUGUUCAGGGUGUGAGUCCUGCUGGGCUCUGUGCACUGUUCAGGGUGUGAGUCCUGCUGGGCUCUGUGCACUGUUCCAUUGCUGCUGGCAGCACCACUCGUGCUCUCCCUCUGGCCACUCUCCCUGAUGGCUGUUUGGCUGUUCUGGAACCACCCCAGCUCAGGCAGCCCUUGCAGCCCUUUGUCCAUAGCUGGAGGCUGAGUGCUGUGUGUGGGAGCCCGUGGGAGCCCUGGCGUGCUCUGUGUGUGUGUGACAGGUUCUGCCCUCAGCCUCUGCCAGGCUCUGGGGUGUCUCAGGGCACUGCAUGGUGAUGUAAUCCAUCCACAGGCGCCCCAAGCUCCCUUGGCAUCUCUGGCACCAGCAUGGCUCCCAGGAGCUGUCGGGAACAGAGCGAACACGCUGUCCGUGACUGUGUGGUGACACAAGGAACACACUUGUUCCCCCUUCCUGUGUCACCCACACGCUUUGUCCAACCCUCCUGCUGCUGAGAAGGUUCUUGUGACUUGUCUGAAGCAGAAGGUUCCUUAAAAUUGUAAAUAGAAUCCGCACCACUGAAGCAAUUCAGUCCUGGAAUAAUAUUUAGAACAAUUUGUUUCCAUAUUUUUUUUAUAAGAAUUUUAGGAGUUUAGGCCUUCACAGAGAAGACACAGGUUUGGUGGGAUAUUUAAUAGCUGAACCAUUAAAUAUCAGCCAGGCAGCUACAGGGGAGAAAUUUAUUGCAAUGUUAAGGACUAGGCAAGGGGUGAAUUUAAUUUAUUAAAAUACAUUUUUAGUAUGAUAACCAGGAUGUUCACCAAAGAGUCACAUUCCUUUAUCCUGCUCUGCCAUGCAGUGUCAACAUUAAGACUUGAAUUGUAAGUGGCAUGUCCUGUCCUUUGACAGAACACACCUUCUGGGCAAAGCAAAAUUGUUUCUUGACAACUGGAACAGAAGAUCCAGAGCUGGGCUGUUUUAUUCCUGGCUCUCCACUGACUUACUAAAUAACCCUGAGCCCUUCCUUGCCCCAGUUUCCCCCUCUGUGACACCCAGCCAGGUGGGGCAAGUGCAAUUUUGCCUUUUUCUUGUUUCAAGCAAGCAGGUCCUUCCAGAUUUUCUGUUUCACCUCCUUCCUUUGGGAGCCUGAUUUGGGGGACAGCAGAUUGCCUCUAGCAAUAAACCAAAAUAUAACAUUAAUUCCAUUUUUUUUACUAUGUAUAGAUGGAGGAUGAAGAGAAUCAGUUAAACAAGCCAUGAGAUUCUAGUCAGUGACAUUAUUCAAACAGAAGAGAAAUCUUUAAUCCUUGGGGCUUCUGAGCCAGCUGGAUCAAAGAGGAAAACGUGUACUUGGAGGUUGUUCAGUGACAGCCAGCACAGUGCUUUCAGCAGGGGAGAAGGAGGAACCUUUUAGGGAUGAAAGAAGGAGGAAUGUGCUUCUUGUGCCUUUUUUUGUAAUCUGAUAAUUGUCUUUGCAGAGCAAGCAAGAAUGUGCACACAUCUAUUACCCACUCCUUCCCCAAAUAUAAGCUGUAUUCCAAUUAAAUCCAGCAACUUCACAGGACAAAAAGACUUCCAGUGUCUUCACUGGACACAUUUAAAACUCCCUGAUAUUUACAAUAUAGAACAAAACUAAACCAUCUCAUCUUUUAGCCCCAUAACUCAGGAAUUCAUCGGUUGCUGGUGCCAUUCCACUUGUGUCAGGGAGUGCUGCUUUCCCCUGUCUCGGUGGGUUGUUCCUGCUGCCUGUCCAAACUCUGCUCUGCCUGUUCCCAGUCCUGCUCCAGGCCUGUGCCAUAACCAGGGCUCUGCAGGGGCUUUGGUUAUCUGAUGCCUUGUGUAAUUUGAAAUGUGCACUUUGAAGCAAAAAUCCAAAAGUUGUGGCUCUGUGGGGAGCAAAUGUGAAGCUGUUAAUGCCACCUGGGGUUGGGCAGAUUUUGAGUCUGCUGGAUGUCAGCAAGAGCCAGUUGUUGGCCUGGCUGAACCCAGGAUUCUCUUAGCAAUACAGGUAGAUUCCUUAGAAGCAGCUCGGAGCUGUGUCAAGUUCCCAUGGGCCAGCCGUGCAAUUAGGAAUUUCCAGUUCUCAAAAUCUUAUUCCUGGCUGUGUUUUUGUUCCCUUUUUGUUGUUUUUGAAAUUCAAAGCAAUCAAAUUUUUUCUCUUUUUCUCUUCUUCUCCUCGGCUGGGAGUCCUGUUAAAUUUUUUCUGUGCCAUCACCAACAAUCAUCCCCAUAAUCCAGUAGCAGCAAAUUUCAGCUCUGGGCAAUGAAUCACAUUAAAGUUGGACAGGAGCAUUUGGCAUCGCUGACAGCAAAACUCUGCUGCUGAAGGAAAAGCCCAACACUUGGCCCAGGGAUAAGCCAGUUCAGCUGUACAAGAUUGCCUGCCUGCUACUUUUAUGCCCUACUUAGGGAUUUAUACCACAGAGAGCUUUAAAGUUUUUGACAUCCCCCCCAUGAUGUGAUGAGCCAGCUUAUUUUGGAGAUUCCUGUUACUUGAACUGGAAGCACGUGUAGGGAAGAGAGCAGGGGCUCGGCUCAGCCUCACAAAUAUCUGCCUGUUUUAAACCAAAUACUUGAGCUUUUCUACACUAGCCAUUACCUUGCACUCCACCGAUGCUUUCCUCUGGAAAUGUGAAUAAAAUUAAUAUAAGUUCA